ACACCAGAAGAGAACAUCAUCUUCCCCAGUGAAACAGCAGCAGGUGCAGCUUGGAAGAACAGUGGAGAAGUUGACCAGAUCUGCAGGAAGAGACACUGUUGUUCCUCAGUUGGAGAAAGCAGCACACAGAUAUUUCAAUUAAAAAUGGAAAGUUGGAUACGGAAAGAACAAACUGAUGUCCCAGGGGAUGUCGGCCGCUACACUGGGGAAUCAGAACUGAGAAUCAUCCUUGUAGGUAAAACUGGAGCUGGGAAAAGUGCAACAGGAAACACCAUCCUUGGCAAGAAAGUGUUUGAGUCCAAACUCUCACCAAAGUCUGUAACUGCAAAAUGCAGUAAGGGGGCGAGAAUGUGGAAUGAGAGGAAUGUGAUGGUGGUUGAUACUCCUGGCAUUUUUGACACACAUGUACCAAUGGACGAAACUUGUCGAGAGAUCAGUCGCUGUAUUGUAGCCUCCUCCCCAGGGCCCCAUGCUAUCGUUCUAGUGGUGCCCCUGAGCCGGUACACUGUGGAGGAAAAAAAAGCAGUCAAACGAAUACAAGAUAUUUUUGGAGCUGAGUCCAUGAGGUACAUGAUCCUGUUAUUCACUCGGAAAGAUGAUUUAGAGGAUACUGAAUUAGAAGAGUUCAUAAAAGGCUCUGAGGCCCAAGGCCUUUGUGAGCUGGUAGGAAAAUUUGGAAAACGAUACUGCGCUUUCAACAACAGAGCAACUGGAGAAGAACGGGAUGCCCAGGUGAAUGAGCUGCUGGGGAUGGUAGAUAAGAUUGUGCAGGAGAACAGAGGCACAUGUUACACGAAUGAGAUGUAUAACUAUGCAGAGAAAAAGCUUCAAGAGAAAACAGAGGAGCUGAAGAAAUACUAUGCAGAGCAGCUGGAAAGAGAGAGAGAGAAAAUAAAACGUGAUUAUGAGGAGCAAAUAAAACAACUCAGGGAAGAAUUAAAAAGAAGGGAUGAAGCACAAAAGCAGAAUCAAGAUGAGGAGGAGAAGAUGUGGCACAAAGAAGUAGUAGAAAAGGAGAUGGUUUUGCAACAACAAAAAUUGAGACUUUUAGGAGAAAAAGAGAGAGAUUAUGCUGUAAAACAAGCAGGAGCCAGGGAAGAAGCUGAAAGUGAUAUAAUAUGGGAAAUGGUUUUGGGUGCUUUUAGACUUGCCUUUGAAGUAAUUAAGGGUUGGUUUAACGAUGACUGA